UUUUUUUUUAAGAUUUAUUUAUUGAUUAUAUGUAAGUACACUGUAGCUGUCUUCAGACACUCCAGAAGAGGGAGUCAGAUCUCAUUACAGAUGGUUGUGAGCCACCAUGUGGUUGCUGGGAUUUGAACUCUGGACCUUCGGAAGAAUAGUCGGGUGCUCUUACCCACUGAGCCAUCUCACCAGCCCCUGAACAUUGUUCUUGACUAGGCUAGUUCUUAGGCAGACUUCACUGUCAUUUGGAAUGUAAAAAAAAUUAUAAACAUUUUUUUCUUCUUGGUCGCACAAAAGUCCAAGAAUUACAGAAUGUUACAUUCCAGUAAAAGCCAGCCAAGAUGAUAAAAGUCCCCGCACUGAAUGACCUUCAGUUAAUGACAUUAUCUUAGGAGAAACAUUAACCCUGUGUUAACUAACAUUUGUAGUCACAAAGGCAUCAUCAGUUCUGAAGAACUGGGAGACAGUAAAUGGUGGCUUUUGCUGUGAGUCCAGUGACAGCAGGCUGGACCAAGUGCACUUGCAUUCUUACAGAACUUUCUUCUUACAAGGAAGCUAGUUAAUGGUAAUGAGGGGCCUAUGAAGCUGUGGACCCGAGAACCAGGACUUUCUUGGGAUUUAAGAUGCUGCUGUGCGGUCCUCUAGACCUCUAGACUUUACUGUUGUCUCUUUCUCCUUUAGUGGUCUCAUCGUUCUGCCAGAAUGGUUAUCUUGUUCUUUAAAAAACAAGAAAACCUGUUUUAACAUUUAUUUGUGUGGUCACCAAAGAAUGAUGAUGACCAGGGCCACCUAUCAAACAGGAAGUCUUUAGCUUACAGCCACAGCACACGUGUGUGGAGGUCAGAGGAUAACUUGCAAGGGCUGUUUCUCUCCUUCCAUGCUGUAGAGCCCUGGGGAUCAAACGCAGGUUGUCAGACUGGGCAGGAGGUGCCUUGGCCCUCGGAGCUCGCUCACCCGCCUUGUGCCCUUUUCAGCAGGAAUUAAGUCAGCCCUACCAGAGAGAGGGAGCCUGGUCUUGACAGUCCCAGAAGGGGAAGACAAUGUAUUGUCGAGUGUCUGGGUCUGUGGAGGAAGCUGUAAAUGGCAGUGAAGAAGAAAAUGCAGGCCCUCUGCAGGCCGAGGCUGGGAGUCAGCAGGCACCGUCUAAGCCCCUCGAGUCCCGUUGGUUGAAGUAUCUGGACAAGGGCUGCGAGGACCAGGAGCUGGACAGAGGGAGACCAGCUCUUAAGACACAGCUUUCAACCAGUGCUGAGCGGCCAAGCAGUCCAGCCCAACCCAGGAAGAGGAAAUGGAAUCAGCGCACAGGGCAGCCUGCACACAGCCUGCAUGGCCAGGGUGUGGACAGUGUUGAAGACAACUUUGAACACCAGGACUCCACUGGCCUGUUUGGAACAGAGCAGCAAGGCACCAGCCCUGCCCUCAGUACUGCGAACCACACCAGAGAGCUCGGUUUUCCUAGGUGGAAACUACCAAGUCCUGUUACACAAGUUAAUGCCCCAUCUUCUAAAUGGGCACGGUUUCUCCUGGCACCUGGAAAUAGUCCUCAAGUGGAUGAGAAACCAAGUCCUCUGCAGGAGGCCACCAUGCUAGCUGACCUGGCACAAGGGACUGUUGAGAACAAGACUCCAGUGGAAGGCCACUUCAGCAGAGCCCCUGCCAUUAGGCCUCCUCAAGCCAUUCACACUACCACCCCACAACUGGACAGACCUGACAGGAAGACCCGAGAGCAGCCAAGGGACAUGGGGACUCCUCGAGCAGAUGGUAGGCCUUUGGCUCAAGGGACCCAGAAGGCUCCACCCUUGCAACUGCACAACCUCUUUACAACCGGAGAGGACUUUGAUGAUGACCUGUAGCCUUCACUGUUCUGUGUCCCUCAAUGCCAGUCCUCCUUGUCACAGACUGGGGUGCUCUGGAACAAAUAACCCAACAAUAAACGUGCCUGUCAACAGAG